AUGGCGGCCUACCCGGGGCAGGGCUUCCCUGGCGCCGCAGGACAAGCCCCCGGCGCCCCCCCGGCCGGCUGCUACGCCGGAGGCCCCUACGGCGGGGGGGCGCCCCCAGCCCCCGGGGGACCCUACGGGCCCCCACCUGCCCCGGGGCCCUACGGGCAUCCGCCGCCCGGCGCGCCCGGAGCCCCCCACGGAGGCGGCCCAGCUCCCGGAGGGCCCUACGGGCAGCCCGGUGCCGAUCCCUACGGAGCCCCCCCGACGGGGCCCUACGGAGGAGCCGCUCCGGGAGGUUGUGCCCCACCUGGCGUGGACCAGGAGGCCUUUUCGUGGUUCCAGGCAGUGGACACCGAUCGCAGCGGUUACAUCUCCAUGAAGGAGCUGAAGGCAGCGCUGGUCAACUCCAACUGGUCUGCGUUCGACAACGACACCUGCAUGCUGAUGCUGAACAUGUUUGAUAAGACCGGGUCGGGACGCAUAGACGUGUACGGCUUCUCGGCCUUGUUGCGCUUCAUCCAGCAGUGGAGAAACCUUUUCCAGCAGUACGACAGGGACCAGUCGGGCUCCAUCAGCUUCAGCGAGCUUCAGCAAGCUCUCUCCCAGAUGGGCUAUAACCUGAGCCCGCAGUUUAGCCAGCUGUUGCUGUCCCGCUACUCUCAGAGAUCCUCCAACUCCAGCAUCCAGCUUGACCGCUUCAUUCAUAUCUGCAUUCAGCUCCAGACCAUGACGGAGGCCUUCCGGGAGAAGGACAGGGUUGGUGGCAACGUGCGGCUGGGCUACGAAGACUUCCUCACGAUGGUUGUGACACGGAUGGUGUGAUGCCCUUGGCCAAGGCCAGCGUGGCUGCAAGGCAGCUGGGAGCUCUGCCCGGCUCUUCUGGAGGAGCUGCAAUCCCUCGGCCUCUCUGGCAAGGAUGCGUGUGAUGCUCCACCUGGAAGAAUGAAUGUUUCCCCCCCAGGCUGGGUCACUGGCUUGUGCUGCCUGAGCACCCCCGUGCUGAGGGCAGCAGUGAGGCCACGAGCUCCCUGUUGGGACUCCCAGCCAUCUGUGGCUUUGAUAAUUUUUUUUGUCCCCACUCGAAGGCAGUGGGUGCCUCCAUGCCAACCCGGAGCCCGGGUCUGCCAUGCUACGUGGUGCAGCAGCCAAACCAGUACUGAGCCCAUGCCAUGACCCCCAGGGAAUGCUUUGAUCUUUCUUUGCCAGACACAAGUUUUUACUUAAACCCCAGCUGCACCUAGCCUGGCAGGGUGUCUUCAGUGAAACAUCUCUUUCUUAGCAUGCUUUGGGGGACUCUUCUCCUAAAGUUAGUAACAUUUGCCUUGGGCAAGCCUUCGUCUGAAAGCAGCAAUGAGGGCACAGUGACUGCGGCGUUCAGGACCUGCUGAGAUCACUGUGCCCCAGUUGCCCUGCAGACUUUUCUUCCUUACCCAGGUGCACUUUUAACAGUACUUGUGGUCAAAGCGUCCUGCUCUUGCUUGGAAACAGCCUGACGUUGAUGGGCUGAGUGCUGUUCCCUCCGUGCUGCUAAACUGGGCUCUAGUCACAAACUGGAUCAUCGAACCCCUCUGUGCUGCCAAACGUAAUCUUGAUUUGUUCCUGAAUGCAGAGGCCAAACUCAAAAAAUGAAUUGGCGCUUGUAUUUCCAGUCCUUUAAUAAAACACCACGUGCACUG